AUCAACCCUUCUCUCUUCUCAACCCCCCUCACACCCACACUAAACUCUCUCUCUCCCCUCCUUUUUCUCCCUCUGUCCCUCUUCUCUCAAGUGUCUUUUGGAAGUAAAAGAAGUGAGAGAAAAAUGAAAAUGGGUAGUGUGAUUUCUGGUGUAAUUUUACUAGUAAUGUUGAUGGGUGCUAGUGAAGCUAGAAUUCCUGGUGUUUACACUGGUGGUUCUUGGCAAAGUGCCCAUGCUACUUUCUAUGGUGGUUCUGAUGCUUCUGGCACCAUGGGUGGGGCUUGCGGAUAUGGGAACUUGUACAGUCAAGGGUAUGGAGUGAACACUGCAGCAUUAAGCACAGCUCUGUUCAACAAUGGACUGAGCUGCGGUGCUUGCUUCGAGAUUAAAUGUGCUAAUGACCCAAAAUGGUGUCAUUCUGGCAGUCCUUCCAUUUUGAUCACUGCUACUAACUUUUGCCCACCAAAUUUUGCUCUUCCUAACGACAAUGGAGGCUGGUGUAACCCUCCUCGCCCUCAUUUCGACCUCGCUAUGCCCAUGUUCCUUAAGAUCGCUGAGUACAGAGCUGGCAUUGUCCCUGUUGCCUACCGCCGGGUGCCAUGCCGUAAGAGAGGUGGAAUCAGGUUCACGAUAAACGGAUUCCGUUACUUUAACUUGGUGCUGAUCUCCAACGUGGCGGGUGCAGGAGAUAUCGUGAAGGUUAGCGUGAAAGGAUCAAGGACUGGUUGGAUGAGCAUGAGCCGUAACUGGGGCCAAAACUGGCAGUCAAACGCAGUUUUGGUUGGUCAGUCACUUUCUUUCAGGGUGACAGGCAGUGAUAGACGCACUUCUACUUCAUGGAAUAUAGUCCCUGCAAACUGGCAGUUUGGUCAAACAUUCACUGGAAAGAAUUUCAGGGUCUAAAUAAAAAUUUAUCCCAUAUAUAUAAUAAUAUAUAAUAUUUAACCAAAUUCCAAGGAAAAGCAAAAUUUCCCAUUUUACCCUUAUUGCCUCAGAUUUUAUGGUGCUUUUUUAUUUAGAAAAAAACCUUAUAUUUUACAGGUAUUGACAUAUGGGUGUUGUUGGGUUGAGGGCAAGAAGAAAGGUGGUGGUGGUUUAUUUUUUGACAAUUCUGAUUUUUGGUGGGUUUGGUAGUUUUGUGUUAAGAAAUUGUGAGAAGAAGAAGAAGAAGGAGAAGGUUAGGUUUGGAAGUUUGAGGUUGAGAGGCUGAAGCGGCUGCACAGGAAAAGAAAUUGUUAGCCCGCAGCUCUAUAUUAGUAGUAGUGUUAGUAUUUUCUUCCUUUUUAUUUGAUUUUGAUGGGUAUACAUUUUGGGUUAAGUGUAUUUGUACUACUAAUUUAUAGUUCAAUUUGCAUUAUCUUUUGGCU